AUGCCGUCAAGGGGCAUCGAUGAGACCUUAGCGGAAGCCGCGAGGAUCCAGCUUGAUGUCAUGCAAGGCCUGGACAGCCCCGAGCGAGCCAGUCACACCUCUCCCCUGUCACCCCGCUCCACCGCAUGGCGGUGGCUGGGGGAGCACCCGGAUGACGCCGCCGAGCUGGCAGCCCUGCUGCAUGAAGCCGCCCCGAAGCUCGGGCUCAAGGGCGACUACCCCGUCUCCCGGAGGGUGACCCCUUCCUUUCCCGCCAAGACCACCCUGAGACGGGACGAGGCCGACCCGGAGGACCUGGGCCAGCUCCUCCAGCAGGCAGUGCCCAUACCCACAGGGCUAGGCAUGGUGCCUUGGAAAGCGCUGCGGGCCUGCUGUACCAGCGAGCAGCUGCACAGCUCCGGGGCCCUGCCCGCACAGACUGCGGCGCAGGACAGCGCCGGGGACAAACCCGCCACGCCCCGGGGCGCGAGCGCCCUGGAGAUCAACUCCGGCGGCCUGGUCUUCUUCUGUCUCUUCAACGCAAGAGAUGCGCACAUUGGGAGCUGUAGCCCCAGGCAAUCCCCACCCCCCUCUCCGGGGCCGGAGUCAUCGGAGGAGGCGCUGCGGGCGGCCGCCGAGUCAGCGCUGGCUGAGGCAGCCGCCAAUGGGAGGCUUUCGCCCCCGUGCACCGACGCAGGGCCACGCGAGGUGUCGCCCAGCGUGAUAGAGGUCAUCCCUGGCGCCAAUGCCCCCCUCGCCGUCGCCAAGCGGUCAGCACCUCAUGGCUGCCUGGUGCUGAAGAUCCCCGCCUCCCGCCUCCAGUGCCAGUCUGAGCUGUUUGCUGGGGAAGUGGCCCGGCACGUCGGCCCUCUGCAGUUCACGUAUGCGGAGGACGAGUGUCCGGCCCCGGAGUGGGCAGCGAUGCUGGCCGCCGCCCAGUCCAUCUCCGGCACAUACCCGGAGCUGCAUGCCGAGCUGCAGAGGUGCAGCUGUGUGCUGGUGAUGGAGUUUAUCCCAGCCGUCAGCAUCGCGACGGCCUGCGAGACUGGGUUCCUGGGCCCCAAGACCCUGGCCCGCGUCUCACACGACCUUGGAAGGAUGCUGUGCCUCGACAUGAUGCUGGGCAACGCCGACCGGCUGCCCAUCGAGGCGCUGGGGUGGCGGGGCAACCUGGGCAACGUCCUGUUUGCACGGACGGGGCGCUGGGCGGGGAGGAUGGUGGCCAUUGACGCCGUGGUCCAGAGGAGGCCGCCCGGCAGGCUGGUGUGCACUGAGGACGAGGCGUGCGAGCGCCUUGCUGAGCUGGCGCUGAACGACGCUGAGCUGGCGGGGGCUGUCCUGGGCAACGCCCUGAGCAUCACCGGGUGGAGGGAGGGCGAGGCUCUGGACCCGGCGGCCAUCGCGGCCUUCCAGCAGGGUUUGAGGACUGCGCUGGAGUCCCUGGCAGCCGUCAAGGGGCUGUUCGAGAUGAUGUACGAGGUGGUGCGGGACUGGAUGGACGAGUUCCUGGCAGACAUGGAGUCCAGCUUCGAGCUGGCGGCCGCCACGCCGCCCCGCGCCCUCAUCAGCGGUGGCAGCGGGGUGGAGGGGCGGUACGGCGGCGGCGGGGGCCCUGGGCCGGGAGUGACGGCGCCCUCCGCGGCGUCGGGGCCCUCCGGCUGCUCGCCCUCGCUCCUGGCAAGCCCGGGCGCCGGAGCGGGGGCCACGGCUGCCGCCACGCCGUCCGGCAGCCGCCGCGCCUCCGCGCUGGUGUCGGACUCCCCAUCGGCGGACGUGGGCCUGACCACGCAGAAGAUCAGGCACAUCAACCAGGAGGCGCAGCACAACCACUCGGUGUCGCGCAAGGUCGCCGCCUGGCGCGACGUGUUCCGGGCUAGAGGCAGCGAGCUGCGGGGCGCGGUGGAGGAGUGGCAGCAGAAGCGCGACGCGUCCGGGUCCCGCCUCACCACCGGCUUCCUCGACGGCGUGCGGCCGGUUGUGGACGUGUACGAGCUCAAGGUGCGGCUGGAGCACAUGCUGCAGCGCCUGCGGGUGCUCCAGGUGUCCCUGGCCUCCGCCCGGCCCCUGUGCCUCCUGCCCGGGCUGUACCUGUCGGACGCGGUGGGCGCCAGCAGCAUGCACACGUUGCGCCACCUGGGCAUCACCCACAUCCUGAACGCCACCGAGGAUCUUCUGGGCCCCGACGAGGGGCUGGGCGCGGCCUGGAUCCGCUGCGCCCUGCGAGACGUGGAGGAGGAGGACAUCACCCCCCACAUCGAGGCGGCCACCGCCUUCAUCGACGGCGCGCGGGCGGGGGGCGGGCGAGUGCUGGUGCACUGCCACGCCGGCCGGAGCCGGAGCUGCAGCCUGGUGAGCGUGCACAGGGCUGUGGGGAUCGCGCGGUGGAUCUUGGCCUGGAUGAUGCAGAGCCAGGGCUGGAGCCUGCGGCAGGGCAUGCGCUUCCUCACGCGCCUCAGGCCCGAGGCGGCGCCCAAUGCGGGCUACAUGGCGGCCCUGCUGCGGCUGGAGGAGCAGCUCUUUGGCAAGCAGACCGUGAAGGGGCGUAAGCCCAAGCCGGGGCUCAAGACCUGUCCCGAGUGCGGGCAGAAGGUGGGUCUGUCGCAGGCAUCGGUGACGGUGCACCUGAGGAGGGCGCACCCACUUUCCACCUGCCAACACUUGCUGUGA